CAACAAGCCAUAGUGCAAAGUGACGAUGACUUGUUAUCGGAAUUGGAAUCUGAGCUAGAGGCUAAGACUACAGAAAUGAUACUGGAGAAGCCUCUAAAAGUUUCAAACGGCCCUCCACCACGUCCCCCUCCUAUGAAACGCCUACCAGAGCAGACUAUCAAUGGCAUUUGUGAUCUGUCAUUGUUGAAAGAUGUUCCAGAAUUUAAGAAGUUACAGAAUGAUUUUGACCAGCUGAUGUCCAAGCAUGACCAACAACAGAUUGAGAUUAACAGGAUGAAAGGUUUGACUAUAGAGCUAGAUGAGACGAAGAAACAGAGAGAUACUCUACAAGCUGAGCUGAAUGCCAUUAAAACAAGCUCUACAGAGGACAUUUACAUGGCACAGAUAAAAGAGAUGGAGAACACAUUAGCUGAGCAGAGCAAGGAGAUACAAGCGGGUAAAGACAAACUGCUGGCACAUGAUGCUGCUGCAAAAAGGGCCAUCACUAAAUUACAACAGGAGCUUAAACACAGGCUGGACCAGGUGUCUAAGAUGUACGAGGACUGUCUCAGAGAGAAGGACAGUAUGGUUGUGAAGUUUGCGCAGGGUGAAUCCAAGAUCCUUGAGCUCCAGAAGACAAUUGAUAAGAUGGACAAACAGAUCAGGGACAGUGUCAAGGAGAAAGAUAUGAUGGCAUCUAAGAUGAAGAACAUGAGAGUUGAAUUCAAGGCCAUGGUCACACAGCUGGAGAAGAAGACCACUGACCAUGCUACCCUCACAAAAGAGUUCACUGCUUACAAGGAUAACAUCUCAUCACAAGACGUUAAAGUUAAGUGGGCAACAAACAAACUCAAGGCUGAACAAGAUGCUCAUAAGGAGACUAAAGAGAAGCUCACCCAGAUGACCAACCGCUUCAAGGAAGCAAAGGAAGAGACUAACAUCAUCAGACGCGACUGCCAAGCUAUGAUUAAAACAUAUCAAACCUCAGAGGAUAUCAAGUCUGUUUCACUGGACAAAGAACUACAGAAGAAAGAAGAUGAACUGAAGAUGCAGAUACAAGAGAAGACUGAUCAGGAUGAGGUUCAUAAUAUGGUGAUAUCAGAGUUAGAAUCUUUGAAGAAGAAACACAAAGAACUAUUAGAAGAGCUGAGAAUAUAUAAAGACAAGGCUCAAUGUCUGGACGCUGAGCAUAUUCGCAGUGAAGAAACUCUCAAUAAAUUCAAAGAAAUUAUCCAAAGACAGAAACAAACUAAUCAGGAAUUAAAAGAUAAAGUAGAAUACCUAGAUAAUGUGGAAAAGGAUUUGAAUCAUGAGCGAGUUAAAUGUGAGACUCUGCGGGAGCAAGUACAGUCAGUGGAAGAGCAACAUAAAGAUACAAUUGCAGAGAUUGAGCUGUGCCGUACCAGGGAAGGAGAAAUGUUGGAACUCACUCAGAAACUAACUGCCAAAAAUGCUACUCUACAGUCUGAAAACACUGGCUUGGCAACCAAGUUGAGCACUCUAACCACAGACCACCAGAGAUUGAAUGAAUUGAGCCAACAGCUUGAGAGGAGAAAUAACAUAUUGUCAGAGCAGCUCUCAGAGGAACAGAAGUUAAGGAGUCAGGAGGCAGAUAUAAGCAAAAAACAGUUGGAGGCCAAAUCUAAAACAAUUGCUGAAUUGACCACCAGGGUGGAAGAAGAAAAAGAUGAGAAUAAAACUCUGAAGAGAAAGCAUGCAAAUAAUAUCAAAGACCUGACCAGACAGCUUCAACAGGCCAGGCGUAAGAUGGAGAACAUGGAGUCGCAUAUUGUAGGAGAGAACAACCCAAUGAGUGGUAGCUCUCGUACAAGCUCAAAUGGCUCCCUUGAAACUGCAGUAAAUCAAAACUCAGGCAAUAACAGUGGACCAACAUCAAGGGCCUCUAGUCAGGAACCAGCAAUAAAUGAGGACUUGGACCCACCAGUACAAGUGGUUGAAGUUGACAGACAGAUGCUGAUUGAGAAGAUAGUUCGUCUCCAGAAAGCUCAUGCCAGGAAGAAUGAGAAGAUGGAGUUCAUGUCUGACCAUAUCAAACAACUCUUAGAUGAAGUACAGAAAAAAUCAAAGAUUAUUGGUAACUACAUCAUGCGGGAAGAGUCGGGAGCAUUAGCCUCUGAGUCCAUGGAUGAGAAUAAGCUCAGGAGCGAAGUGCAGGCUCAGCUAGUGAAGAAGGGAGGUAUAAUGGCCUCAGUGUACAGCUCACAUCAGAGUGAUGGCCAUCUGAACCUAGAACUUUCAUUAGAGAUCAACAAGAAACUACAAGCAGUUCUUGAGGAUACUUUAUUAAAGAAUAUUACACUUAAGAAUAACUUGGAAACAUUGGGAGAAGAAAUAGCUAGACUCUCACAGGAAAAUCGACAGAUGCAAUUAAACAAUAAAUAAUGACAUUAUGCCAAAUAUUAUAGAUAGUACCAUAUAGUCAUUAUCAACAAACAAUGUUAUUUAUUGAUGUUAAAUGUACAUGUGCUUGAUAAUGAUCAUUUGUUGAAUGAAAUACAUGUUGA